CCUUUAAUACUCCACUCCAGAACUACCCAGUUCAACACCGACUCAUCGAUGGGUUUUCGAUCGUUGAUUCCGAUCAGCGCCAAGCAAAUCUUCAAGCUCCAAUCUCUUCGUCUUCAUAAAAACCAGCAAGAAGUGCCGAAAGGCCAUGUUGCAGUGUACGUCGGAGAGUUGCAGAGGAAGAGGUAUGUUGUACCGAUCUCCUAUCUGAAUCAUCCUUGUUUCAGAGAUUUGCUCAAGUGUGCGGAAGAGGAGUUUGGAUUUAAUCAUCCCAUGGGCGCUCUCACGAUUCCGUGCGAAGAACAUGCCUUCGUUAAUCUCAUCACCUCUCGCCUGCAUUCUUCUUCAUGAACAGUAAUAUUAAUGGAAAGGGAUGACGAUGAUGGAUAUCAUCGGACUUUUACUGAUAAAUUCACAGUUUUGAUUUUAGGGUUUUUGAUGAUAUUCAUCGAAGAAAAGAGUAGUAGUAGCAAAAUAUCAGCGUGUAUAUAGAGGAGUAAUAAUUGAUUCUGUAAAAAA